AUGCAGUCUGCGCAAGGACAGGUGAUUUACACUUUCCAGAGUAACAAAGACUUUAGGAGGAUAAUUCGAUCCCUGCAUAAGCGUCUGUGGAUGGAGGAGGAAGGCGAGCAAUCAAGUCCUCCUUGGCAGCUCGCCUGGGGUGAGAAGACCAGUGAGACAUCUCAGCCUCCCGCUGCCCACGGACGCUCCUCUGCGGGAGAAGAGGAGCGAAUCCCAGGGCCUGGGAGGCGCCAAGCAGGGCAUGGAGAGAGCUCGCGUCCCAGGGCGGGGGCACCUCGGCGCGGCUCCGCGCGACAGGCUCCCAGGAGUGAACUGGCGCUGCUUGCGCUGCCUGACAGCCCUGGCUCCGCCGCGGCCAAAGUAGCGGAGCGAAGCGGCGGCUGCGCCCCGCACCAUGGAGGGCAGGCCAGCCCGAGCCCGAGCCCGAACCCGAGCCCGAGGCCGAGUCGUCGCCGACCUCUGCCAACUCCCGCUGCUGCUCUCUGGGAGUCGUCUUCCCCUCACCUCGAAGCCAACAUGAAGGAGACAAGGGUCUGCACCGGUCUCAAUCCUUCCUAUCCCAGCAUGUGGGCGCCGGGCAACCUCACGAGUUCCACGGAGCUCCGAGAAGGGUGCGGCUCCGUGUCGGUGGCCUUCCCGAUCACCAUGUUGAUCACUGGCUUCGUGGGCAACGCACUGGCCAUGCUGCUCGUGUCUCGGAGCUACCCGCGCCGCGAGAGCAAGCGCAAAAAGUCCUUCCUGCUGUGCAUCGGCUGGUUGGCGCUCACCGACCUGGUCGGACAGCUGCUCACCACCCCAGUGGUGAUCGUCGUGUACCUGUCCAAGCAGCGCUGGGAGCAGCUCGACCCGUCGGGGCGGCUGUGCACUUUCUUCGGUCUGACCAUGACUGUCUUCGGGCUCUCUUCGCUUUUCAUCGCCAGCGCCAUGGCCGUCGAAAGGGCGCUGGCCAUCCGGGCGCCGCACUGGUACGCGAGCCACAUGAAGACGCGCGCCACCCGCGCGGUGCUGCUCGGUGUGUGGCUGGCGGUGCUCACCUUCGCCCUGCUGCCUGUGCUGGGCGUGGGCCAGUACACCGUCCAGUGGCCCGGGACGUGGUGCUUCAUCAGCACCGGGGGAGGGGGCAACGGGACUAGCUCCCGGGACAACUGGGGCAACCUUUUCUUUGCCUCUACCUUUGCCUUCCUGGGGCUCGCAGCGCUGGCCAUCACCUUCGCCUGCAACCUGGCCACUAUUAAGGCCCUGGUGUCUCGCUGCCGCGCCAAGGCCAUGGCGUCGCAAUCCAGCGCCCAGUGGGGCCGGAUCACGACCGAAACGGCCAUCCAGCUCAUGGGGAUCAUGUGCGUGUUGUCAGUCUGCUGGUCACCGCUGCUGAUAAUGAUGUUGAAAAUGAUCUUCAAUCAGACGUCAGUUGAGCACUGCAAGAGUCAGAUGGAAAAGCAGAAAGAAUGCAACUUCUUCUUAAUAGCUGUUCGCCUGGCUUCGUUGAACCAGAUCUUGGACCCCUGGGUUUAUCUGCUGCUAAGAAAGAUCCUCCUUCGAAAGUUUUGCCAGGUAGCAAAUGCUGUCUCCAGCUGCUCUAAUGAUGGACAGAAAGGGCAACCUAUCUCAUUAUCCAAUGAAAUAAUACAUACAGAAGCAUGA